CCUGCAAAAUAACACACACGUUUCACAACUUGAGUGUUCAUACAUUUUAUUAUAUUAACACGUGCAGUAAUUAAACACAUUUACAUAUUUUGUAAGUUGAAACGUAUUGCACGUGUAUUUGGCAGCGCGGGAAAAAUCACGUUUUAUAUAAUUUAAGUCCUUAGUAGACAAAGGCAUUGUGUCGGUCUGCCUAGUGAUUCGAGUUCGGACUUUCUGCUGAAAUCGGUCUCUGGUUUGUUUCCAGCCAACAUGCCGUCCGAGGUGAUCGCCGACAAGUCGCUGCAGCGCGAGCUGGCGGACUCCAUCAUUCGCAUGGUGCCUCUGGAUGAGAUCCGUAUCCUGCUGGCCUGCGGAGCUAAGGUGAACGAACCAGUGACGCAAGGUCUACGUCCCAUCCACUAUGCCAUCUGGCAACGCUACCUGGAAGCGACGCGCCUUCUGCUCGUCCGGGGCUGUGACAUCAACGCCACGGAUGACUGCGGAUACAGUGCUCUGCAUCUCUCCGCGGAGCACGGAUACACGGAGCUGGUGAAAUUGCUUCUGGAAAGUGGAGCAGCUGUGGACUACCGACCUGAUACUGGCGAAGAAUUUCCGCGGACCACGCUAUGUGAUGAACCGUUGCGGCUGGCUAUACGAAACAAACAUUAUGCGGUCGCACGCCUCCUCCUGGAGCACGGUGCGGACCCCAACAAACGCUACUUCUUCGGCUCCGAGAUCAACUUGGUCUCAGACCCGGAAUAUCUGGAGCUGCUGCUCAUGUUUGGAGCCAACCCUGACUCCAGAGAUAGAGCUGGCCUUACUCCAUUGAUGAAAGCUGCUAGACAAAGAAAGGGAAUAGAAUCAGUCCUGCUGCUCAUCAGCUACGGCGCGGAUGUGAACGCGAUGGCAGACGCACGCAACGACUAUAGGACCGUCAUGCAUUACGCUGUCUUAGGUGGUAAUACUGAUGUGGUGAACCUGCUGGUCAAGCAGGGAGCACGGGUGAACUAUGAUUGUCCGGAACUCAACAAACCCAGUGCCUUGGACCUUGCGAUACUGAAGGGAGACGUGCCAAUGCUGCAGCUGCUGUUAUCAGCUGGUGCUCAAGUGAAUUCUUCAAGUUCCGUGAUAGGCACCCCUCUCCACGUGGCCUGCUCCGACAACAUUUCUAACAGGAAGGAAAUGGUCAAGAUCCUCCUAGAAAGCGGUGCAGACCCAAACCUGAAGGUCUACAACGAAGAUGACGGGGCGCAGCUGCGUCCCGCGCUCGCGGAGUACCUCGCCAGUGACACCGAUCCUUGUGAAGAAACUGUUGCGUUGCUGCUGAGAUACGGAGCCCGAGUGAUUAUGAAAACCCAGUUCCGCGAUCCAGAUGGCAUCCUAAAUCAUCUCCAGAAUGUCACCACAGUAGAGCACGAACACAUUUUCUACAUGCUCCUGGAAGCUGCCGAAGCCUUUGACCUGUGCAUGAUCAAAAGGAACCACAUACUGAACGCCGUCCAGAAAGAAACUUUAAUAGAGAGAGCCAAGACGCCAAUUGCUCUUCUGGCUCAGACGAGAAUAUUUUUCCGUAAGUUCUUCGGCGCAACGCUCGUAAACGUUGUUAAAAAGCUGGAGAUUCCUAAAACUCUUCACAGUUAUCUUCUUUUCGAAUGCAGUUAAAUACUUAUCGAUUUUUUUUUUUUGGAUUAUAAUCAGCCUUGUUGGCUAGGCAUUAUUGUUUAAGGCCUGUGCCAAUAAAAAAACAGUUCUGCUUCUGGGCUUGUUCUGGAGAUGUUAUUAGUGUUACCAGAUAUGUACAGGUCUAAACCUUUACCAAAAGGAGAGGUAAUUUAAAAUAAGUUUGUAAGAAAAAUGAUCGAGGUAUUUGUAUUCCUUUGCGGGGUAUUUGUAUUGUGCUAUGUAUUUUAUAAGUUCUAGUUUGUAAGAAAGAUAUAAAAGUAUUUUUUGAAAGAUGAUUUUAAU